ACCAGGAGGUGCAGAACCAGAGCCGGCAGGAUCAUGAAGGAUCCUCACCACCCCAACAACAGACUGUUUCAGCUGCUGCGGUCAGGCAGGCGCCUCCGUAGUCACGCUGCAAGAACAGAGAGACUGAGACGGAGUUUCUUUCCUCAGGCCAUCAGGACUGUGAACUCCGACCUCACCAGGACCCCCACAUAGACCCACACAACUGCCCCUCUUAGGCACACACACACACACACACACACACACACUUACUGUAAAUAUUGUGUUGUUUUUUAUUGUAAAUAGUGUGUACUUGUUGCCCUUGCACAUUCCUGCUGAGCAUUGCCACUUUCAUUUCACUGCACACCCUGUGUGUGUAUGUGACAAAUAAAACAUCUUGAAUCUUGAAUCUUGAAUCUUGAAUCUUACCAUGCAGCCUAUGUGGGUCACAAAAUCCACAUGGACCAAAAUGAGAAGAUUGUCAUGUUUGGCGUGACUCAUGUGCUGGUAAUAGAUGGCUUCUCCAGCAAAAUUGUUGGACAAGCUACUAUGCCUGUAAAGAACAACCUCACCAUCUACAAUGACGUUUACAGGAGUGCAGUAAUGGAAUAUGGGAUGUGGGACCAGGUCAGAGUGGAUCAUGGAAAGGAGUUCUACCUCACUCUUUUCAUGCAGGAGAAGUUGGCCAGCCACCGCCACAACACUGAAAGGCCACCAUAUCUCCAAACACCAUCGACAAAGAAUCACAGAAUCGAGAGAAUCUGGCCAGAAAUCAACAACCGGGUUAACUACCCGUUGAAAGCUGCAUUGGUCCAACUGGUGGAUCAGGAGGAGCUGGACAUGGAGGACCAGAUGACUCGGUUCUGUGUGUCAUCUUUGACAUGCCAGUUGGCCCAGAUCGGUGUUAACCGACCUGUGCAAGCAUGGAAUGCACACAGGAUUCCUGGGAGGGGGAUCCCAAAUGACUUGGCCAGAGAUGGAUGCCCAAAGAAGCUGUCUACAGACCUUUUGCCAAAUGCAUCUGUGGCUGCAGACUGGUACGACCAGGAAGUGGGCUCACUGACAGAGUGUCAGACUUUGGCACCAACCCGUUUCCAAGGUCACAGGACCAGGAAGCUGCAGUGAGGGGAUUUGCUCUGCAGUGCCCUGAUACAAGUGUCCUGCUGGACAAUGCAGUGAAUAAUCUGCCACAACCGUUCAAAGAUGGACUCAAAGGCCUCAUCGACAUCUCAAGGAGAAAUUGUCAACGCUGAUGUUUUUUUGUGUGUCUAAGUUGUUAUUGUCUGUGCUUUUUAAUUAAUUGGUUCAACUGACGGGAUGUUUUUUUCUUUUCUUCAAAUGUUGGGGGUUUAAAGGGAGAAAUAUUUUCUUUUUGAAUAAACACUUCUGUCUUUAAAGUCUG